CGCUCCUUCCACGGCCCGCACACCACCUGCCUGCAUGCAGCCUGCGGGCCCGUGCGCGCCUCCCACCUGGCCCGUACCAAGUACAACAAUUUCGACGUGUACAUCAAGACGCGCUGGCUGUACGGCUUCAUCCACUUCCUGCUCUACUUCAGCUGCAGCCUGUUCACCGCGGCGCUCUGGGGUGCUCUGGCCGCCCUCUUCUGCCUACAGUACCUGGGCGUUCGCGUCCUGCUGCGCUUCCAGCGCAAACUGUCGGUGUUGCUGCUGUUGCUGGGCCGCCGGCGCGUGGACUUCCGCCUGGUGAACGAGCUGCUUAUCUACAGUAUCCAUGUCACCAUGCCGCUGGUGGGCUCGUGCUUCAUGGUCUUCGUGGACAUGUGAGGGCCGUGGGUGUGAGCUUGAUGUAUCGUCCCGGCCUGUGGCUGUGUUCUUUACAUGGGUGGGACUGCCCAUGCCGCAGGCAGUCGCUGCUGCCUGGCGCCCACGGAGAGAAAAGAAAGGGCUGAGACUUCUGUGAUGGGGGUGCGGAUGCCGCCCCUAGGCUGGCUUCCUGCGUCCACCCUCCCCAUGUGCACUCUCAGGGGCAGCGCCCACCUGCGGGUGGCUCCUGUUCACACGACUUCAGGUCAUACUGCGGAGUGGGCCGUCUGUUCUGCCUCUCUGUGGGCUUCUCUCCAGGACCACAGCUGCCAGGGACUUUAGACGUCACCCUGGGAGGCCUCUGGACACAGAGGGCUGUGUGCCCAGGAACAAAUCCGGAGGGGGGGCCAUCCUGGCUGCACAGUCCCUUCCUGCGUUCCCUGGUCUCAGCCCCGGGAAUAUGCUGAGAUCCUAUCCCACGCUGCCCUCCAGUGACUGGGGGGCCCAAAUGAUGGCACAGAGGCAGGUGGGCUGGAGGGGCACAGAUGCCUGUGUUCAGGGAGGGCGGCCACCAUGGGCCGGGGUCUCACCCAGGACCCCGUGCUCUGCUCCUCGGCCUUGCAGUCGCGGUAGCACUAUGGUGGACUGCCCAUGGCUGUGUGGCUUUGGGGGCAAGUUGGAGGGUGCCCUGAAUAAUGAUUACAGGGACAACAGGCAGAGCUGCCCUAAAGCAGGACACAGGGUGUGGUACUGACAACCCUAGCGUCACCCCAAAUCCACGUCCCCACACUCCGGGCAUGGGUGGGACUUGUGACCCUGCCCUGUCAGGUGGACCAGUGGCCCAGGAGCCAGGAGGACAGUUGUGUGCCACUGGAAGAGAAACUUUUUGAAAAACCCUAAAUCAGGUAGAGAAAGCAAAAAAAUCUUUGGCCGUAAACCGUGCUAAUUUGUUGGCAGCUUCUGUGGAUGACCUCCGUUGAGCCCGGGCUCUGUCCAGGCCCUGGGCAGGCGGGCAGGAGUUUUCCUGCGUGGGCCUCAUUUCUUGCUGCAGAGAAUCUUUUGCACUAAGUCACGCUGUUUCCUCAAAGAAGCUUUGUUUUUUGUUAACGUGUUACUCAGAGUCACCCAGGCCCCUCGGCUGAGGGUGAAGGUGGGGCGGGAGGCAGGAGGGGGCUGGCAGUGCCGCUUGUGUGGUGUCAACGCUGCAGGGAGUCGGGGCACCUUGGUGCCCUCUGAGCACCUGGCCGCCUGCUGUCCCCAGUGCCUGUGAAAUUCGUCAUGAGAUGACCUACCUGCAUUAAACCUAUUUUUUUAAUGUGUUGA